GUUCGCCGCCAGCAAUUAUGGAGCUAACUCUCGCCCUCGUCCUGCUGUUCGGAUGUGCCGCCACUUAUGGACACGCCUCCGAUUUGCCCUCGGGCAUCCAGAGGUGCGCCAUCAGCGACGAGCAGUGCAUUGAGAACGGGGUGAACUACGUGCUGAGGAACUACGCGCAGAGCGGCAUCAAGGAACUGGGCUUGAUCCCACUCGAUCCGCUGCACGUGAAGAAGUUCAAAAUUGGCCGCAAUCCGCACAGUCCGGUCAACAUUGACCUGAGCUUCCACGAGAUGGACAUCGUGGGUCUUCACCAGGGCGUUGCGAAGCGCGUGAGCGGAUUCACAACUGAUCUCAGCCGCUCCAUUGAGCUGGUCAUGGAUGUGCCGGAAAUUGCAGUCCGCGGACCCUACUCAGUGGACGGAAGAAUACUCAUUCUGCCCAUUACCGGCAAGGGCAAUGCCGACAUUCGCCUCACUAAAACGAAGGUACGUGCACUGAUCAAAUUCAAGCGCGUCUCCAAGGGCGAUCAUCAGACAUACGCCGAGGUGGUGGACAUCAAGGUGGAGCUGGAUCCCUCCCAUGUGACUUACCAUCUGGAGAAUCUGUUCAACGGGCAGAAGGAUCUGAGCGAGAACAUGCACGCCCUCAUUAACGAGAACUGGCAGGACAUCUUCAAUGAACUGAAGCCGGGCAUUGGGGAGGCUUUCGGACUGAUAGCCAAGUCUGUGCUGGACAGGAUCUUCGGUAAACUGCCGCUGGAACAGCUCUUCGUGGUCUAAAACCUUAGUACAAACAAAAUAAUUAGUCGAAACACAGUCGUGAAUAUUUAUUUGACUUUCAAAAUACAAAUGCAAAGCAAAUAGUUCACUGUUAAGUUCCUCAUACAAAUAAAACGUAGUUGCAAAAUAAAUUCAGGCACUCAAGGAUUUCUUAUCGCUAGACUAUAAGUAAAAUACAGAUUUAUAAAAGAGAAAUGUAGCCUC